CGUGAUCUUGACCAGAAGUAUCGAUUCAUGGGCGUGGCCUCUUCAGUCCUUUAUUUAUUUGGUUCUUCAAAACACGUCGAGUUUGGCGGGUAUUUGUUAAAGGCUUGAUCCGGGAAUGAAAGGAAAAUGAAGUGAAGGACUAAGGUAAAACAAGUCUUAAAAUGAGUAGGUCAAAAGAAGCAGCAGGAAUGGCCCUCCAAAGAAAACUUGGAAAUCCAACCAAAAAUAAAGAAAAGGCUAAACAGACAAAUAAAGAAGAAGUUUCCAGUACUCCUUCUUUUCAAGAAUCCACCUACCACUUUUUUCAUGGUCCAGUUGAAAUUUCUUCAUUUCGGGAAAAACUGCUCCUGUGGUAUGACACGUCCAAGCGAAACCUUCCUUGGAGGACUAUGGCUGCACUGGAGCAGGACAUUAACAAAAGGGCGUAUGCAGUGUGGGUUUCAGAAAUUAUGCUGCAGCAGACACAGGUCGCCACAGUAAUUGACUACUAUAACAAGUGGAUGAAGAGAUGGCCUACACUUCAGAAGCUUGCCGAGGCUACAUUAGAGGAAGUGAAUGAAAUGUGGGCAGGCCUUGGCUAUUAUUCACGAGGAAAGAGACUGCAUGAGGGGGCAAAAAAGGUUAUGUUAAGCUUCAAUGGACAGAUGCCAAGAACAGCAGAAGAUCUUCAGAAAGAGUUACCUGGUGUGGGCAGGUAUACUGCUGGAGCAGUAGCCUCUAUUGCUAUGGGACAGGCAACUGGAGUAGUUGAUGGCAAUGUGACUAGAGUGUUGUGCCGGUCACGUACAAUUGGAGCGGACUGCACCAGUCCUGUUGUAAUGGAGGCACUUUGGCGUCUCUCCAAUUCUUUGGUAGACCCAAGCAGGCCUGGAGAUUUUAAUCAGGCUCUAAUGGAACUUGGUGCUACUGUGUGCACACCAAAAGCCCCUCGCUGCUCCGUUUGCCCUGUAAGAAUGCACUGCCGAUCAUUUGAAAAGGUGGAGCACCAAAUGAAAACGGCAUCCAACAGGCUUUUAGGAACAUCUAGGUUGGAAGUAUCUCCUGUUCCUGAUAUUGAAAGCUGUGAUUAUGUGGGUCGCUGUCCUCUUUGCCUUCCUCCAGAAGAGAACUGGGAAAACGACUUGGGGGUAAUGAAUUUUCCUAGGAAACCAGUGAGAAAGCAAGCACGAUUAGAAAGAACAUUGACUUGCAUCCUGGAAUGGGAAGAAAACGACGGAGAAGCAGAGUACCUUCUAGUGCAGAGGCCAAGUGCAGGGCUUUUGGCAGGAUUGUGGGAAUUUCCAAGCAUAGUUCUUGAAGGGAAGAUCACAGAGAAGAAGGAGAAAGAACUGCUUUUAGAACAAUUGGAAACUCUUUUGGAUGGACGGGGUAAUUUUGGAGAGAUUCAGUAUGUUGGAGAGGUUGUCCAUGUUUUCUCCCACAUCCACCAAACCUAUGCUGUGUACCGUUGUAGUCUGGCUGAAACAACUGGAUUAGUUAAAAAGGAGGCAGAGGAUGAUGUGGCAUCUUCACGCUGGCUCACAAAGACUGCUUUUCAGAAAGCUGCUGUGUCAACAGCCAUGAAGAAGAUCUUCCAGCUUUAUCAGAGUAAAGAAAGUCAAAGUCCAAAAAAUUGCAAGGGAAAGAAGCGAAAGACAAGCACAGAUUCAGAACACAACAUGCAGAGAAGUCACAAAUUAAAGAAAAACAAACAAUCAAAUACUGGCCAAAAACAGCUUUCAAUACUUGGUAUUUUUGGAAAAUCCAGAAAGUGUGAAAUAAGCAGUGGACCUUAAAAUGAUGUACCUUCAGCUAAAAGAAUUGUGUGUAUAUUUUAUAAAAACUCAUGGAACAAAAUGCUAAAAAAUCAGUGUGUGUGUGCGCGCGCACAUGUGUGUAUGUGUAUAUAUACACACAUAAAUAUACACACACACACACAUGUACUCUAUAUACUGUAUGUGUGUGUGUAUAUAUGUAUGCAUAUAUAAUCUGUGUAUUGCUACUGUAAAUGUCAGUGUGCAUGUAUGGUUUGUUUGAGUGUAUAUAUAAAAUAGAAAGAAACAGAAUUCUGCUGCAGUUCAUAUGUUUUAUUAGAAACUUAAUACAUAAUAUACAAUACACUAUUUUUCUAACCAUGUAUGUGAGUAAAUAUUUCAACUGCUCAGGGAAAUAAUCGCCUAAAUGAUAGUUCAAUGCAUUGGAAACACGAGGGUCUGUUUUUUAUGCUGGUAUUUAUCGUAAUAGUUUUGUAAGGUCUGUGUAGAUUCAUCUACUGUGCUUUAUUAUGGUCAGUUUUAUGUUUCACUUGUAGACAAAGCUGCAUUCCUUUCAUUUCUUACUGAUGUUAAAAGACUAGAAUGGACAGAUAAAUUAUGUUUUAUAGUUCUUAUUUAAAAGUUCACUGUUUCUGGUGAAAAACCCUUUAAUUUGGUAUCUUUAGCCAAAUCAAGUUGGAACCAUUGACACUAAUUAAAACCAAGUACACAUUUUUUCCAAUUUUAUAACUACAGUAUUUUAAGAUUUUUCUUUCUUGUGAAAUUUUUAAUAGCCUUUUUUGUGAGUCCAGAAUUAAUUAUGCUUUAAAGCACUCUGUUAAAGUGCCUUUUAAUGGUUUAAAGAUGAGGUGCUGCCAAAUAACAACAUUUUGGAUGAGAAGGUUAUCUGACAUAGCUGUUUAACAAAUACAUUUGAAAACCUGGGACGUAUGCUGUAAAAGUCUAGUACCCAUCAAAGAUUUUGCUCUUGCUAAAUAUUCCCACACAGUUAAGCUGUAGAAGAUACUGACAAUUUUAACAGCUAUUCUGAAAUUAGGGAAUCAGUUUUAUGUGCUUUUUAAAGGUGUUAAUUAUUCAUUUAUUUACUUAAAUAUACAGAACAUUUAAUAUGUAAUAUCUUUCCUGAUGUGAAUUACCAAUGGACUAAUACAGAAAAAAAAAUUCAAGCAAACUAUUUCAAAUGUACAGUCCAUAGUUUAGUAAAAUAUUAAGGUAAACAUGCCUUGCACAUGGAAUACGAAAAGCAACUACAAGAAAUGAGAGGAUGGAUAACAAAGAUAACUGUUUUUAUAAAUAAUGUUUUCACAUAAUUUUUAACAAAAGUAUUUUGUAUUUUGAAUGCCAAAUGAUUAUGAAUAAAUCUAUUCAUCAUAAA